GUGGGGAGGGACCUCUGGGCUGUAACUUUAACCUUUGCUUGGGAGAGAGGCCACACUGGGGAAGGAGCAAUAUACUGUACUUCUCAGGGGCAGAGAAGAAGAUGGCGAGUGAGCCUGACACCACCGAAGUGAGGGAGCAGCACAGGCUGGACCAGGCAGCCUUGGAGAGAUACCUGAGCCAGCACCUGCCUGGCUUCCCCCAGCAGCCCCAGCAAGGGCUGACCCUCAGGCAGUACAGCUCCGGACAGUCAAACCCAACCUUUUACUUGAAGAAAGGCUCAAGAACCUAUGUGCUUCGGAAGAAACCUCAUGGUCCUCUCCUUCCUCAAGCCCACAGGAUUGACAGAGAAUAUCGAAUUCAAAAAGCCUUGCUUGCUGCUGGAUUUCCUGUUCCUGAGCCCCUCUUAUACUGUAAUGAUGCUUCUGUGAUUGGAACAGAAUUUUAUGUGAUGCAACACGUGCAGGGUCGCAUUUUUCGGGACAUGACACUUCCUGAAGUAAGCCCAGCAGAGCGGUCCGCCUUGUAUGUUGCUCUCAUAGAAACCUUAGCCCGGCUGCACUCAUUCAAUGUGAAUUCACUUGGGCUUCAAGGCUAUGGACGAGGAGCUGGCUUCUGUAAGAGACAGGUAUCUGGUUGGAGAAGACAGUAUGAAGCAGCUGCUCAUGUUGAGAUUCCUGCAAUGAAUCAGUUGGCUGAAUGGUUAAUGAACAACCUGCCACCCGGUGAUAAUGAAGAAAAGCUAGUCCAUGGAGACUUUAGACUAGACAAUAUCAUCUUUCAUCCAAGAGAGGCUCGUGUUGUGGCUGUGCUAGACUGGGAACUUUCAACUGUGGGGCAUCCUUUGGCAGACUUGGCUUAUGUGGUUUCUUUCUCCUUUUCUCCCAGACCUCUAAUCCAUAUAGCAUCUAACAUAUUCAAGAAUGCAGGAAAUGUUGCAGGAAUUCCUUCAUUUGAAGAACUGAGCAUGGUUUACUCUCACUGCAGGGAUAUUAGCUCUGCUCUGCCUGACCUGAAUUUCUUUCUUGCACUUUCAUAUUUUAAAUUAGCAGCAAUAAGCCAGGGCGUGUAUGCCAGAUAUCUCCUUGGAAAUUCUUCUGCUGAAAGCAGCGUUGAAUUUGGUAAGAUGGUAAAACCCUUAGCAGAAGCUGGAUUGCAGUUAACAAAAAAGACAUCCCUUACCACUGGCACUCCAUAUUAUAGCACAAGAGAAGGGUUUCAGCAAUCUAAGGAGGGCGUGGAAGUGCUUCAGAAGGUGAAGGAAUUCAUGAAAAAGUAUGUUUUUCCAGCAGAAAAGGAAAUGGUAGAGUAUUAUGCCAAAAAUAAAAAUUCACCUGAUGUAUGGAAAAAGCCUGCUGUGCUUGAGAGACUGAAGGAAAAGGCCAAAGCUGAGGGUCUCUGGAAUCUUUUCCUCCCUGCAGUCAGUGGUCUUGGCCAACUGGACUAUGCCUUAAUUGCAGAAGAGACUGGGAAGUGCUAUUUUGCUCCAGAAGUGUUCAACUGUCAUGCGCCAGACACAGGAAACAUGGAAGUUUUGCAUUUGUAUGGGACAGAGGAACAGAAGAAACAGUGGCUGGAGCCUCUCCUGGAAGGGAAAAUUAGCUCUUGUUUCUGCAUGACAGAACCUGAUGUCGCUUCAAGUGAUGCCACCAAUAUGCAGUGCAGCCUUCAAAGAGAUGGAGACAACUAUAUAAUCAAUGGCAAGAAAUGGUGGAGCAGUGGAGCUGGAAAUCCAAAUUGCAAAGUUGCUAUUGUAAUGACCAAAGACAAAAACACAUCUGGAUCUAGAUACAACCAGCACAGUAUGAUAAUUGUGCCAAUGGAUACACCUGGGGUCAAGCUCAUAAGGCCUCUUUCAGUUUUUGGAUACUUUGAUUAUCAUCAUGGUGGACAUUUUGAAAUCCAUUUUAACAAUGUUUGUGUGCCUGCCUCCCAUUUGAUACUGGGAGAAGGAAAAGGAUUUGAAAUUGCUCAGGGAAGACUUGGACCAGGCCGCAUCCACCAUUGUAUGAGGUCAAUAGGGGCAGCUGAAGCUGCCCUGAAGAUCCUGUGUGAACGUGCAGCCCAGAGGAUGACAUUUGGGAAGAAACUGUACCAUCACGAAGUUGUUGCUCACUGGAUUGCUGAAUGCCGCAUUGCUAUUGAACAGGCAAGACUGCUUACGUUGAAAGCAGCCAGCAAAAUCGAUACCUUGGGCAACAAAGCAGCCAGAAAAGAGGUUGCUAUGAUCAAAGUGGCAGCGCCCCGGGCAGUCCUUAAAGUAAUAGAUUGUGCCAUUCAAGCAUGUGGAGGGGCUGGAUUUUCUGAUGACUUCCCAUUGGCUCAAAUGUUUGCGUAUAUUCGGACAUUACGUGUAGCUGAUGGGCCUGAUGAAGUUCACCUCUCAGCAAUUGCGAAACUAGAACUUCUUGAUCAAGCCAAGCAACUGAAUGCACAUCUUUAAUUUUGCUUUACUAUUUAGUUGUUAUGGAAUGUCCAUGAUUUGUAUCUCUAAAUCAAACUUUUUCUGAAAAGUAGACAUGAAUGCUGCUAAAACUAACUGAAUGUGAAAAAUUCUUAUUUUGAUCUUGUUCUCUAUCUUUGGAUAUUUUGGAUAAACUUAAAUUUACCCUGUAAGCCUGAGGGCAGGGAACCAUCCAAUUAAAAAGAUUGUGUGUACAGCGCUUUAUAAAUAAAGGUUAAUAAUAAUAAUAAGAGGAAGAGAAUCUAUGGAAUUUGUUGUAGACUGAACCAACACCAAAUGAAAUUUAAUCUCUUUACUAGGGGUUCGAAUUGAGAAAUAUUUCUAUUUACUUGUAUAAUUGUCUUGCACAGAAUCCACUGUUAACACAUUCCUGUACAAAGAUGACAUUUAACUCUCUUCUGGGACUAAAGGAGCAGAUGCACAUCCAUAGCAUCAAUGAGUUCAAUUUCAUUUGAUCAAAUAUCAAAUAAACAAGCCAGUUCUUAGGGGCAUCAUACUUAAUAAUUUUGCAAUGCCAAAGUAACUUGCAGGGAAUAACUUUCUGUUCUGUGGGAUAUGCAGAUAGUCAAGUCAAAUAUUAUUGAAAAGACAUCUAAUCUAGGCAAGAAUUAAAAAAAAUUGGUGCAACAUAAGGAAAACAGUUUUGUUACAAAAAUCCUGUUUCUUCUUCAUCUAACAGCAAUGUAUAAUUAUCUCAUCAAAUUAGAAUGCAAAUUCUACUGCUUAUGUAAAUAUCAAAGCAAUUUUUUCUAUGAACUUUCACUGAAUUUCCUAUUCCAUUAAUAAAUUCUGUUUUUAACUUA